GGGGUGAGCUGAGCGGUGUCGUGACGUCUGGGCGCCGCUACCGUCAUGGGACCCGUCUACGUGACCUGGCUGCUGGCGCCGCUGGUCGCCUGUUUGAUGCAGGCGGAGCUGGCCCAGCUGACACCGGCCGUCAGCGGCUCGUGCUCCAGCGGCCAGUUUCGCUGCGCCAACAGCCGCUGCAUUAUCGAACGCUGGCGGUGCGACGGUGACGACGACUGCGGCGACGGCAGCGACGAGGACCCGCGCCUCUGCGGCCCGCGCCUCUGCCGGGACGACCAGUUCCGCUGCCGUAACGAGACGACCGUGCAGUGUAUCCCGGUGUCGUGGCGGUGCGACGGCCAGGCCGACUGCUCCGACCGCAGCGACGAGGACGGCUGCUGUAAGUCUCGUGGCGUCUGAUCACAACGGUGGAAACC